AUGGUUGACAUUGUAAAAGUAGAGGAACAAGCUGCACAGUUGGAAAGGGAUCUGAUUGUGAAAGAAAGGGAAACGCUUGAUGUUCUCAAGGAACUGGAAACCACUAAAAAUAUUGUCGAAGAGCUGAAAUCAAAGCUGCAGAAAGAAGCAUCUGAAAUCAAUGCAACCCUUGCUGCAAAUUCAGUUGAUACCAAGGUCAAUUCUGCUGCUGCUGGCAUAUGGGAAAAGGAAAGUCAUGCAAACAGCUUGAAUAUUCAUCAGAAUGGGAUUGGCUGUUUGGACAAGUGUCCUUCCUCGGCUCCAGGCUUCAUCCUGCUGGAACUGAAACAGGCUAAACUGAACUUAACGAGGACUACUAAUGAUCUUGCAGAUAUUCAAGCUACAGUUAACCUAUAUAACAGGAAAAUCGAGAAAGAGAGAACGUCGCUUCAGAAGACUCGUCAAAGGUUGUCUACAAGUACCUCAAAGGUUUCGUCUCUCGAGGAAGAAUUAAUCCUUGCAAAACAGAAACUACAGCUGGUAAAAGACACUGAGGACCUCAGUAGAUCUCAAGAUCCCUUGGAUUUCGUACGAGAGCUAGAAAAGCUAAGUUAUGAAACAGAACAAUUUAAGAAAGUGGGAGAAGUAGCAAAAUUAGAAGUUUUAAGGGCAACGUCUGAGAUUGAACAGACAAAGACUAGGAUUAAAACUGCUGAGAUAAGGUUGGUAGCUGCUAAAAAAUUGAAGGCAGCAGCAAAAGCUUCUGAAGCUGUGGCUCUUGCUGAAAUCAAAGCAAUAUCAAACGGUGAAAAUUCAUCUGCAGAUUUGAAGCAGAAGUCGGAAAGUGUAACUCUCACUCUUGAGGAAUACUCAUCCCUAAUUUCCCGAGCUCGAGAAGCGGAAGAAGCUUGUAAAGGGAGGGUAAUGGAUUCAGAGGUUCUAGUCGAUGAAGCUAACGUGUCUAAAACCGAAAUCUUGAAAAGGGUGGAAGAGGCGGCUGAAGAAGUUAAAAUUACCAAAAAGGCCUUGGAAGAAGCAUUGAAUAGAGUGGAGGCGGCAAAUAAAGAUAAAUUGGCAGUUGAAGAGGCACUCCGGAAAUGGAGAUCCGAGCGUGGUAAAAAAAGACGUUCUGUACACAACUCUACCAGAUUUAAGAAUUCUUAUCCAUCUCACCUUAGGAAAGAAUCUUCUCUUCUUGAUGUAAGUGGUCUGGAUUUGGUCAGUAAUGAAUCAAAACCAGUUUUGAAGCCGAGUCUAUCCAUAGGGCAAAUAUUGAGCCGGAAACUGCUUCUAAAAGAGGAAUAUGAGAAUGGGAUGCAGGCAGAAAAGAACAAAAAGCAAGUCUCCCUGGGACAAAUGCUUAGCAAACCUAAUAAUGAUCCACUUUCUGUUAAGAAAAGUGGGAAAGAAAAUGCUGAAGAGCAACUCCGCGGAAAGAGAAAGAAGUUUGGUUUUGCUCGGAUCUCACUCUUUGUGACAAUGCAAAGUAAGAAGAAGAAGAAACAAAAGGGAAGUUCAAGGUUUGACGACGACGUAUAA